AUGCCGAUGCUGAUGUCGACACCCUCUGGUACAUCCUCGCCCUCCUCUCCGUCAUCUCUGUCCUCGACCAAGAGCUCACUCGCUGCUCCGUCCUCGCCGCUACAGUUGACUUCGAAGGCUUCGGCGACGAAAGCCAACCAAUCACCUUCGUCACCGCCCUCUGUUCCCUCACCCAAAGCAUCAGCCUUUGACUACUGGGACGAAGACGAAUUCGAAGGAAUUCCGAUCACCGAACCCACACUAGUGACGACAGAAACUGCCAACAAAUCUUCCCCGGCGGAAGAUACGAAACCCAGUAAGCCACCUGCAAAGCCCAGGUCUUUCAUUAUCGAGGUCGCCUGCAUCAGUUUCUUGAUUUGUUUCGUGAUCAAUUACUUUACUGGGAAGAGAGAGAAUGAGAAGAUUGCUUUGGCUUGGGCUGCCAAGUUUGCCACUAAGGAUUCGAUCUUUGACGAGAAUUUUAGUUUAAUGGGUACUGGUGAUGGGAAGCCGCCAUUGUUGUUGAAAGAAGGGCAGAGUGUGUUCAAGUUCUAUGUUAGUGGGAGGAGGUUCUGUCGGGGUUGGUGGCUACCAUGGAGCUCCAGAUUCGGCCUUAAGGGAGAGACGAUGUCGGCUCUGACCUUUAACGCGAAGCCAACGGCGACAGACGAUAGAGCAGCGUUUACGGUCUGGGAAACACAGGGACUGGAAGAUGUAGGCUAA